AUAAAUGAUUUAUAUCAUUACCUCACCGCACAAGAAGUCAAACGCCCGGAGCGUGAAGCGGAAAGAUUCUAAUUAAAAAAUUAUUCUAUUCAGUCCGGCAGCAAAGCUUGCGUCCUCCCAUUCACUCUCACAAACAAUGGCAACAGUGAAAGAUGAAAAAUAUUCACCUCAAUCACUAGAAUGCCCAAUCUGCAAGAACAUCUUCAACAACCCAAAGAUCUUGAAAUGUCUUCACUCGUUUUGCCGCAAGUGCCUCGAGAGUUACGAUGUGAUCGGCGCGGGAACCAACUCCAUUGUUUGUCCCCUCUGUCGAAAGCUGACUCCAAUUCCGUCGGAGGGAGCCCUCGUUCUUCCGAGCAACUUCCUCCUGACAAACGCUCUGGAUCAUUUGUCCGUCAAAUCAAGCAAAGAGUAUACUCUUCAUUGCACAAACUGCGAGGACGAAGCAGCGGCGACGUCGCGAUGUCUGGAGUGCGCAGAGUUUCUGUGCUCGAACUGCGUUUUGGCUCACCGACGAAUACGAGUCACCAAGGACCACCGCAUCCUAUCGCUUGACACGCUGCAGGCCGAUAAGCAGACGCUGCACCGUCCUUCCUUCUGUGAACAGCACGUGGAUGAGAUGUUCAUGUUUUACUGUGUACCGUGUGACCGACUGAUCUGCCGGGAAUGCACAAUUCUUGAUCAUCGCGGCCAUAAGUACGCUGGUCUUAAAGAAGCUCUUGAAGAACGGAAGACCCUUAUUGACGAGCGCCUGACCUGUUGUAUCGAGAAGAAGAUUCCUCCCGUACAAGAUGCAGUGCACGAGGUCAAGGCUAUGGCCGCUAAGCUACGUGCGCGCGCAGAAGCUGUCAAAAGUGAAAUAUGUGCUACUGCUGAAGAAUGUGUCAAGCGAAUNUUGAUUUUGACAGACAGCUGAAUCCUUAUUGACGCCUUAGAGCAAGAGAAAGAAGCAGUUCUCCGUAACCAACAAAAUCAACUGGAAACAGAACUCUUCAAGUACACCAGCUCGCGCGACUUCGUCGAGAACGUGGUUCUGCAUGGGAACGAGGUUGAGAUCAUUCAGCUUCGACAGUUGAUGUUGGAUCGCUUGGAUGAGCUCAACGCAAUAAAGCUGGAUUACAAAGAGCCAGAAGAAAAUGACGUCAUCGAUUACAUUCUUGACAUGGACGCUGUGGAAAACGUCGCGACUACCAUGGGUCGAGUAGCAUCAAGUGUUACCUUCACUGCUUCAUGCAGCGCUAAGGGCCUGGGAAUGAAAUCGGGGAAGGUCGGAGUGGAGUCUUCCUUCGUCGUAGAAACGAAAGACCGCUUCGGAAAUAUAUCAGUUGAAGGCGAUCAUACAUGCCCCGUUCAAGUGAAAGUCCAAGCGCCAGAGGGGUUCUUUCUCGGCAACAAGGUCACCAACAACAGCGAUGGUAGCAUGAGAGUACGUUACACUCCCGUCACGCAUGGCAAGCACAUUCUGCACGUGGCCGUCAGAGGGCGCGAGAUUGAAGGAAGUCCCUUUAGCGUCAACGUGGUUGAAGGAAUUGAUUAUACAAAGGUCGGACCGACUUUCAUGAAGAUUGGUUCUCAAGGUACAAAAGCCGGCGAAUUCAAGCAGCCUUGCUCCGUAAUUACUGACAAGGAAGGAAAUAUCUACGUCACAGAUUUUGUGAACUGUCGAGUACAAAAGUUUGACGCGCUUGGGAAACAUCUUCAAGAUUUCGGAUCACGUGGAAGCAAGGAUGGCCAGUUUCAGAAUCCGUGUGGUAUUUUGGUGGACGCCAAUGGUAUAAUUAUUGUGUCAGACUGGGAUAACCAUCGAGUGCAGCUGUUCAGCCCCGAGGGAAAAUUUAUUGGCAAGUUUGGAGCCAAAGGAUCCGAAGAAGGGAAACUAAAUCAUCCCGCUGGCUUGGCCUUGACUAAAGAUGGCAACUUACUUGUCGCUGAUAAAGACAACCACAGAGUACAACUUUUUAAGAUGGAUGGUACGCAUAUCAUGACGUUUGGUUCCCAAGGCAGUGAGGACGGCGAACUCAACAGUCCCAACCACGUAGCCACCACUGAGGACAACGGUUGCCUAGUAACCGACACUGAAAAUAACCGCAUCGUGAAGUUUGACUGCAGUGGCAAGUUCGAAUCAAGUUUUGGCGAAAAAGGCAGUGGGAACGGGCAGCUUGAUCGUCCCGCGGGAAUUGCUGUGGAUCCCGAGGGCUUUAUCAUCGUUGGUGACUUCCAGAACCACAGAGUUCAGAUUUUUCAGCCUGAUGGGAAAUUUUACGCAACGUUUGGCAGCGAAGGCGACGCAGAAGGAGAGUUUAAGUUUCCUGGGGGUGUUGCUUUGACAAAGGACGGCCGAGUCAUAGUGGCAGAUAGGCAUAACCACAGAGUCCAGGUCUUCUAAAAUUUUAAUAAGAAGUGUUGCUUGUUCGUAGAAUAAUCCCAGUUAACUUGGAUUAGACUCCUUACGCGCCCAAACAGCAAACUCGGGUAGAUUGGGCAUAGCCUAGAGCGGAAGAAUAUUUUGGAUACCAAAAUGCGUCUGUUACAAUUUACGUUCUUUCUAAUCAAAAUGCUGUAAACACUGUAGUGUUUCCAGUUUUAUUUCGAAAUAAGCUUUAUUUACAGCAUUAAUAUUCUGUAGUAAAAGCUAUGAUUAAAAAAAAAUGCAACACCCGUGACUUAUUCAAUUUUCUGAUUCUGUAGCUAUAACCAAUCAGAAAGGAGACCUUGUCAUCUCGACUAAACAGCUCAAUAACCAAAACAUCUCUCGAUCAACCGCUGCGGUUACAAACAACGUAAGAAACCAAUCAGAACACAAAAUAUCGCUAGCAAAAAAGAAGUUAUCUUAGUCUUCUUAUAACUUGCUUGGAAUAGCAAAACAACCUUUUGCUGUUCUUGGUUAGAUCUAUUGCACGACUUUCCUUAAAGCCAAAACAAGCGGGUACGUACUUCCUUAUAUUGUUCACCUGAAAAGUAUAAGUAUACUACUGAAGUACUGAAUUACUAUGUAGAUGAAAAUCAUGGACACUAACUAACAAGACUACUUAUUUUAAGUGUUAAUAAUCGUAUAUGUAGAUAAUCCUAACAAAAGCUUUGUAUGUUGGCAUUGUUUGUUAAUAUUUGAAAUGAUAUAAUUCAAAAUCUGUACAUGUAAAGGAUGAAAACAAUAAAAGCUUUGUCCAAGGCGAGGAAAACUAAUGCAGCGAUCGAUGAAUUGCCACAGUGAAUUGAUUUAAGUCGAUGUACAACACUAGACUAACAUUAGAUGACUUGCUUAAAAGCUUAGCUUGCUUAAAACGCUGCUUUAUCUAUAUAAUUAUCAAGUCUGCCAAAAGAGGGAGCUCAUCUUCAUUUAACUCUUUCAAUAUUUAGCUAGUUCAACAAGCAAUAUAAAUAAACCUGUUAGCUGGGAAUGACAAUGAUAAAGACGCCACAACAAUAUACACUGUAGUUACCUUAACGACUCUCUUAGCUGCUAAACAGAUCUGGUGAGGAAAUGAUUUGAUUCUCAAUUUUAGCCUUUUAAUUUCCUCUGCGAAAUCGAAUUUUGAACAACUUUUAAGAAACGUGAGAGUCACUCCUGGAGAUCAAG